GGAAGGAAGAAACCUAUCCACCCAUCUGACAAACCUAUGAGUUAUACAGUUGCCAGGUAAUGUAUCCGCGGAACAAAAAAAGAAAAGAAAAAAAAAAGUCACAGCCCCACAAAAAGAACCGGCAAGAAGGGGAUGAAAGGGAAAAAAAAAAGAAAGAAAGAAAGGAACACUCACCCGACAACGUCCAAUUGGACCGGGGGAGGCGGGCGGGUGCACCAAUAAUCUUGUUCGCAAGUCAUUACGUAAGCUUCUCUCGCCUGCAACCUGGAGUACACUUUGUAGAACCUCCUACCUAUCUACCUACCGGUAUCGUAUCGUACAGUACCGGUACUCACUUUGUGCUCUCGGGUGAGCGAGGCUCAAGCAACCGGCCGACCGGAGAUACAGUAGGGUACGAGUACUCGUAACUGGUUACCGCAUGGAAGGGU